AUGUCAACCCUCGACCUCGACAGCCUGAGAAGUCUACUGGAAGGUCUCUCCGUAUCCAAACCGGAGACAUAUUCUCUUGAAUCCAAGGUUCUCAGUAACCCUCUCGAGGUCUUUCGUGUAUCGCUGGCGCAACUUCUUUCAGUCCUCGCGGAGUGUGAUAUCCAAGAUGCAGUCAAGUCCAUACAAUGGCCGAACAACAUAUAUAGUGGAGACCUGUCUGUUACCGUUCCAAGACUAAGGCCAGGGUGCAAACCAGCUGAGAUAUCGGCAGAUGUGAUGAACAAGUUUCCUACAGACCAUAGCCUCUUUGACCCUCCUCUGCCCGAUGGUGUACACCUGCGUUUCUUUCUGAAGCUGGACGCGGUUCCGCGCUUUUUGUUACCGUACAUAUUGGAUAGGAAGAGCGCAUACGGCUCCAUCUUACCUUCCUCCACCAUGAACGAUGCGCGCAGGAAGCUCGUGGUUGAGCUCUCCUCCCCGAACAUCACUAGCGAAUUCCAAGGAAAGCAUCUGCGAAGCACGAUUGUCGGUGCAUUCCUAGGCCGAUUGCACGAGCUGAUGGAAUGGGACGUGACGCGCAUCAAUUACCUUGGCGAUUGGGGCAAGCCGAUCGCCUUGCUGUACAUUGGAUGGUCGAAGUACGGCUCGGAAGAGGCGUAUAAUGCGGAUCCUAUCGGGCACCUUUUGGAUGUCUACCAUAAGAUUGAAGAAGACUUCAGGCCGGAACAAGUCGCGAGCAAGCAAGCGCGCGACCAGGUGGCGAAGGAAGGGGAGGAUAAGGGAGAGGCGCAAGUCGAGAUCGAAAGCAAGGGCAUUUUCGCAGAACGUAAUGAAGCGUUUAAGAAGCUAGAGGAGGGUGAUGAAGAACUCGUAGCAUUUUGGAAGCGCGUGAGAGAUGUCAACAUCGACAAUUACACCAAGUUCUACGAGCGAUUAGGCGUCCGCUUCGAUGAUUACUCUGGCGAGUCGCAGAUCAAACCCGAUACCAUGGUCGAAGUCGAACAGAUGUUGAAGGAUAAGGGCAUAUCGGAGGAGAGUGGAGGAUCCCAGAUCAUCCACAUGCAAAACCUAGGUGCGAAGGCUGGUACGGCCAUCAUCCGCGAUCGCUCCGGCAGCAGCACAUACCUCCUCCGAGACCUUGCCGCCGUCCUCGAACGCUCGAGGAAAUAUUCAUUCGACAAGAUGAUAUACGUGGUUGCCAGCGACAAUAGUGUGCACUUCACCCAGCUCAUCAAGGUCUUGGAAGCACUUGAUAUGAAAGAGCUCGCUGGUAAGCUUCAUCAUGUCAAAUUCAGUGAGACGUCUAAGAUGGCGGCGACGCUUGGUAAAGGUUAUAAACCACAGGGCAUACUGGAUGCGUGUGAGGAGGCGAUGGCAGCCUUUUCAGAAGCUGAUGCUGAGAAGCUCGAAACGAUUGGUGGUCUGGACGAUACCAAGGAAGGACUGGCGACAUCCGCACUGCUCGUGCAAGAGCUCUCCACUCGCUUAACCACAACACACGCCUUCGACACCAGUACGAUGGCUUCCUUCAAGCUCGGAUCGGGACCAGACUUGCAGUACUGGCUGGCGAAACUCCGUCUACUACUCAAAGGUGCCGACACCGGAGCCGAACUCUCGGACGAAGACUUCGUGACGCUGGCUGAAGAAGACCCGACCAAUCUUUUACGUGUUCUGGCUCAGUAUCCAGAAGUUGUGAAUGCGACAUACCACUCGCUCGAGCCAGCUGGAGUAGUUACAUAUCUCGCUAGUGUGAUUGAGCAGCUCACUGAGUGCCUCGCAGAGGACGAAGACGACGAUGCUGAGGGUGAUAAAGAUGGAAAGGUCACGCCCGGCUUUGCUGCGCUGUAUCAAGCGACCGCGGUUGUGUUGGAGAAUGGCAUGAAGCUCCUCGGAUUGUCUCCAAUCGCGCAGUCAUUGCCGGAGAGAGCAGAUACCCCAGUCAUGGGGCGUAUGGAGUUUGCCGUUGGUCCUGUUGGCCUCCAGCCUACUUUCCAGGGUAGUUCUGGAGAGCUGUCCGUCACUGCGCUGCUCUAUGUUAACGAUAUAACGAAUGAUGCCUAG